AUGGAGGAAAAGGGUGAAGUUUUGGACGCAGUGUUGAAGGAAACUGUGGAUUUGGAAAACAUAGCCAUUGAGGAAGUUUUUGAGAAUCUGAGAUGUAGCAGAGAAGGUCUCAGCAGCGAGGCUGCUGAGGAGAGACUGACCAUUUUUGGUCACAACAGGCUUGAAGAGAAAAAGGACAGCAAAUUCUUGAAGUUCUUGGGGUUCAUGUGGAAUCCUCUCUCGUGGGUUAUGGAAGCUGCUGCUAUUAUGGCUAUUGCUCUUGCAAAUGGAGGAGGAAAGCCUCCAGAUUGGCAAGACUUCGUUGGUAUCAUCACACUUCUUGUAAUUAACUCGACCAUCAGUUUUAUAGAGGAAAACAACGCUGGUAAUGCUGCAGCUGCUCUGAUGGCUCGUCUUGCUCCAAAAGCGAAGGUUCUUCGAGAUGGAAGGUGGAAUGAGCAAGAUGCUGCCGUUUUAGUUCCUGGUGACAUAAUUAGUAUCAAACUAGGAGAUAUUAUUCCAGCUGAUGCUCGUCUUCUUGAGGGCGAUCCCUUAAAAAUUGAUCAGUCUGCGCUUACUGGCGAGUCUCUUCCUGUAACGAAAGGCCCCGGGGAUGGUAUAUACUCAGGUUCUACUUGCAAGCAGGGAGAGAUUGAAGCAGUGGUCAUCGCCACUGGUGUCCAUACCUUCUUUGGGAAGGCUGCUCACCUUGUUGAUAGCACUAACCAAGUUGGCCACUUCCAGAAGGUCUUGACUGCAAUAGGGAAUUUCUGCAUUUGCUCAAUUGCUGUGGGAAUGAUAAUAGAGAUUAUUGUUAUGUACCCAAUCCAAGACCGGCAAUAUCGUCCUGGAAUUGACAAUCUUCUUGUGCUUCUCAUUGGUGGAAUUCCAAUUGCUAUGCCAACAGUUCUGUCUGUCACAAUGGCUAUUGGUUCUCAUAGGUUAUCUCAGCAGGGAGCUAUCACAAAGAGAAUGACUGCAAUUGAAGAGAUGGCAGGCAUGGAUGUGCUUUGCAGUGACAAGACUGGAACAUUGACGCUGAAUAAACUAACUGUUGACAAGAAUCUUAUUGAGGUUUUUGCUAAAGGAGUAGAUGCAGAUACAGUUGUUCUAAUGGCAGCGCGGGCCUCUAGGACUGAGAACCAAGAUGCAAUAGAUACUGCUAUAGUUGGGAUGCUGGCUGAUCCAAAAGAGGCUCGUGCUGGCAUUCAGGAGAUACACUUCCUUCCUUUUAACCCAACUGAUAAGCGCACAGCUUUAACUUACCUUGACCGUGAAGGUAGAAUGCAUAGAGUUAGCAAAGGGGCACCAGAGCAGAUUCUACAUCUUGCUCACAACAAGUCAGACAUUGAGCGAAGAGUUCACGCUGUUAUUGAUAAGUUUGCAGAGCGAGGCCUGCGAUCUCUUGCCGUGGCCUACCAGGAAGUUCCGGAUGGAAGAAAAGAAAGUCCUGGAGGCCCAUGGCAAUUUAUUGGUCUGAUGCCUCUCUUUGAUCCACCUAGGCAUGAUAGUGCAGAGACCAUAAGGAGGGCUUUGAAUCUUGGAGUAAAUGUUAAAAUGAUUACAGGAGAUCAACUGGCAAUUGGGAAGGAAACUGGACGACGUUUGGGAAUGGGAACAAACAUGUAUCCUUCAUCUGCUUUGCUAGGACAGGACAAAGAUGAGUCUAUUGCCGCUUUACCAAUUGAUGAAUUGAUAGAAAAAGCUGAUGGCUUUGCUGGUGUUUUCCCUGAACACAAAUAUGAGAUAGUAAAGCGUUUGCAAGCUAGGAAACAUAUUUGUGGUAUGACUGGUGAUGGAGUCAAUGAUGCUCCUGCUCUUAAGAAGGCUGACAUUGGCAUAGCUGUUGCGGAUGCUACUGAUGCAGCUCGUAGUGCUUCUGAUAUUGUCCUUACUGAACCUGGCCUUAGUGUCAUCAUCAGUGCUGUUUUGACCAGUCGAGCUAUCUUCCAGCGUAUGAAAAAUUACACAAUAUAUGCAGUUUCCAUUACAAUCCGUAUUGUGCUUGGCUUCAUGCUUCUGGCACUCAUAUGGAAGUUUGACUUUCCUCCAUUUAUGGUGCUUAUUAUUGCUAUCCUCAAUGAUGGUACGAUUAUGACGAUAUCAAAGGAUAGGGUGAAACCAUCACCUCUGCCGGACAGCUGGAAGCUAGCUGAGAUUUUUACAACUGGCGUUGUUCUUGGUAGUUACUUGGCAGUUAUGACUGUUAUUUUCUUUUGGGCAGCAUACAAAACUGACUUCUUUCCGCGAACAUUUGGGGUGUCAACUCUUGAGAAAACGGCUACUAAUGAUUUCCGAAAGCUUGCCUCAGCUGUGUAUCUGCAAGUGAGCAUCAUCAGUCAGGCCCUUAUAUUUGUAACACGAUCCCGAAGUUGGUCUUUUGUUGAGCGACCUGGUUUAUUGCUUGUAGUAGCUUUUGUGAUUGCUCAGCUGAUUGCUACUCUGAUUGCCGUCUAUGCAAAUUGGAGCUUUGCUGCAAUUGAAGGGAUUGGAUGGGGUUGGGCUGGUGUGAUCUGGCUUUAUAAUAUCAUCUUCUACAUCCCACUUGAUCCAAUUAAAUUCAUGAUUCGCUAUGCUCUGAGCGGGAGGGCUUGGGAUCUUGUCAUUGAGCAGAGGAUCGCCUUUACAAGGCAAAAGGAUUUUGGUAAGGAACAACGAGAGCUUCAAUGGGCACAUGCACAAAGAACAUUGCAUGGGUUGCAAGCACCUGAUACCAAAAUGUUCACUGAGCGAACCCAUUUCAAUGAACUCAAUCAGAUGGCCGAAGAAGCCAAAAGGAGAGCUGAAAUUGCCAGAUUGAGGGAACUUCAUACACUGAAAGGUCAUGUAGAAUCAGUGGUGAGGUUGAAGGGACUUGACAUAGACACUAUUCAGCAAGCUUACACAGUCUAAAAGAGAUCAUCUAUUGAUCUACUCAUUUGUUAAGAGACGUUUAAUGGUGCUGAGAUUAAAGACAUGCAAUCCGCAUGUUGUGAGUUAUUCGUCAAACAGUGUUAGUUUCUGCUUCUAUAGUUUCCAUUUGAGCACUUUAGCGUGCCGCGGUAAGCUUUUUUUUGUUUGUUUUCCCCUCUGCUCUUUAAAAUUACUCAUCAGAACGUUGUGGCAUUUAAUGUUUAUAUUAGUAAAAGAUUUAAGGUCAGUUCCCUUAUUCCGCUGUACUAUGGAAAAACUUUCUGUUUUUAGAUAAUUACUUCUGUUGUUGAUAGUGGGCAAUAAGAGCUCAGAAACUUGAAAUAUAUUGGAUUCCGCACUUCUUGCUU